CAGGCAGCUGCUGCAGCCACCGCCACCAUGUCCGACCAAGGCAAGAAGAACAUUCCGCGCAUCACGAGCGACCAUCUUCUGACCAAGGGAAGCAGAAUCAUCAAUAAUGAUCAAUCCUUUUAUGCUGAUAUUUACAUGUAAGAUGGCUUAAUAAAGCAAACUGGAGACACUGUCCCUGGAGGAGUGAAGACCAUCGGGGCCAAUGGGAAGAUGGUGAUCCCUGGAGGUAUCGAUGUCCACACUCCCUUCCAGAUGCCAUACAAGGGCAUGACCACAGUGGAUGACUUCUUCCAAGGGACCAAGGCUGCCUCAGCGGGCGGCACCACCAUGAUCACUGACCAUGUGGUGCCCAAGCCCGAGUCCAGCCUGACGGAGGCUUGUGAGGAGUGGCAGGAGUGGGCCGAUGGCAAGAGCUGCUGCGACUACGCCUUACACGCGGCCACCCACCGGAACGACAGCAUCGAGCAGGAGGCGCGGGGCCUCAUCAAGGACAAAGGGGUGAACUCCUUCCUGGUUUACCCGGCCUACAGGGAUUGGUGUCAAGUGUCCAACACGGAGCUGCAGGAGAUCUUCACGUGUCUGGGGGAGCUGGGGGCCAUCGCUCAGGUGCACGCUGAGAACGGGGACAUCACCGCCCAGGAGCAAACCUGGAUGUUGGAAAUGGGGAUAACUGGCCCAGAAGGCCAUGUGCUGAGCAGACCAGAGGACCUGGAAGCUGAGGCUGUGUCCCGAGCCAUCACUGUUGCUAGCCAAACCAACUGUCCUCUCUACGUUACGAAGGUCAUGAGCAAGAGUGCGGCCGACCUCAUCUCGCAAGCCAGGAAAAAAGGAAACGUGGUCUUUGGUGAGCCCAUCACUGCCAGCCUGGGCACGGAUGGGACCCAUUACUGGAGUAAGAACUGGGCCAAGGCAGCUGCCUUUGUGACUCCACCUCUGAGUCCUGACCCGACCACUCCAGACUACAUCAACUCCUUGCUGGCCAGUGGAGACCUGCAGCUCUCUGGGAGUGCCCACUGCACCUUCAGCACUGCCCAGAAAGCCAUCGGGAAGGACAACUUCACAGCCAUUCCCGAGAGCACCAACAGUGUGGAGGAGCGCAUGUCUGUCAUCUGGGACAAGGCUGUGGCCACGGGAAAAAUGGAUGAAAACCAGUUUGUGGCCGUGACAAGCACAAAUGCUGCCAAGAUUUUCAAUCUGUAUCCUCGCAAGGGAAGAAUAUCCGUGGGCUCUGACAGCGACCUGGUGAUCUGGGAUCCAGAUGCUGUCAAGAUCGUCUCUGCCAAGAACCACCAGUCGGCUGCAGAGUACAUCUUGGAGGGCAUGGAGCUGCGCGGGGUUCCUCUGGUGGUCAUCUGCCAGGGCAAGAUCAUGCUGGAAGAUGGCAAUCUGCAUGUGACCCAGGGGGCUGGCCGCUUCAUGCCCUGCAGCCCCUUCUUGGACGACGUCUACAAGCUCAUUAAAGCGCGGAGGAAGACGGCGGACCUGCACGCCGUGCCCAGGGGCAUGUACGACGGGCCGGUGUUCGACCUGGCCACCACGCCCAAGGGGGGCACCCUCGCUGGCUCCACCUGGGGCUCUCCCACAUGGCCCAACCCGCUGGUGAGGAACCUGCAUCAGUCCGGAUUUAGCCUGUCAGACCAAGUGGAUGAGGGGGUCUGCUUGUCCAGCAAGCGCAUCGUAGCGCCCCCUAACAUAAUAUCCCUGAGUUAAGCGGCCCCUCCCCCAAAGAGAGGGGCAGAAGCAAGAAGAGAUUCUUUUGAAGCCAAAAUGGUACACCAAUAUUUAAGAAGGAAAGCGAAUCCAAACAGUUUCGAUCUAAAGAAUCAAUAAGCCUCAAGCCUUAUGUUUCUCCAAUGUUAACCCUCGCUUGCCUAGCUUUACGAAUAUUGCUUUGAUUUCUGUUGAUGCAUAGCCUGGAUUUGUUUGACGCCCCUCCCCCAUUUACAUGCAUGCAAUCAGGCCACUAAGGCAAAGCGUCUGCUAUAUAGUGUUGAGAGCGUGUGUAGUGCUGCAUCUUACGAAAAGGGGACAGACAAGCGGGGACGGCAGGAAAACGAACAAAAGGGACGCCGGUUAUUUGGGGUGAGUGGGUGGUGGGAACCCAGAGCAAGGCGGAGGGCUCAGAGGGGCUGGGGUAGGGUGUGGACGGGGGAGGCGGGUGGGUGAACAUAGCGGGUCUUGUGUAUUGUGUUGAGGAAGUAUGUUAACUUCCACGAAAUAUGGCCGCUCGGGGCAGCCGGUACUCCACCAUCGGCCCCUGGGGUCCGCAGACAAGGAAGGCGAUCUUUGGGUUCGGGACUCUGUCAUGUCUUCUCCUAGUAGAUUUUAUCCCUUGGAACAUUUUACUAAAACACCAGAACCCAA